CCGGUGUUAGAAGAGCAAUAAGUUCGAAGUGUGGAAGGUGACACAUGGCGAGGACGAUAUGAACGCAAAAAAUUAGGUCGCCUUUGACUAUCUCCAGUUAGUACUGAUAAACCAGGCAUGAGUGACACUACAGGUAAAUCAAACUAACUAUCUGUAAGCCCCGGCGACUGGUUAUCCUCUGAAAACCGAAAGUAGAACACUUAUAUUGUACAAUGGAGUCUAAAACUGACCAAAAGAAGGUGUUGAGCAUUGGGAUGGUGUGCCUGGACAUUGUGACAGUGUGUCAUACCUACCCAAAAGAAGACACAGACCAAAGGUAAACGCCCAGUGGACCAGAUAUAAGUAUGAAAAGGGUUCUCACUGUUGGACUAGCUUGUCUUGACCUGGUAGCCACUUGUGAGACUUUCCCAAAGGAGGACACAGGACAAAUAGUACUAGACUACUACUGGCAGAGAGGAGGAAAUGCCUCCACAACAAGUACAGUACUGGCCAUGCUCGGGGAGAGGUCAGAGUUCAUGGGAGCCAUGGCAACAGAUGUAGAAAGCAAAUUUCUUACAGAAAAUCUAAAGAGUUACGGGGUUAGUCAUGACAACGCAAUGGUGUGUGGGCCUGACAUCAAGACUCCCGUAUCCAUGGUAAUCAUAAACCAGUCAAAUGGAUCAAGGACUAUUCUGCACUGUGCCAAAAAUUUACCAGAGGUAUCUUUUAGCCAUUUUCAAACCUUAGAUCUAUCACAGUACAAAUGGAUCCACGUUGAGGGGAGGCCAGCCCCAGACGCCUACAAUCAGAUCAUGUGUAGUGUGGUGGAGUACAAUGAUACAGUCGUCGAAAAGAUCACAAUCUCACUGGAACUCGAGAAACCUGGACGUCCUGAGCUGGAUUCUCUCAUACAGUACGCUGAUGUAGUAUUUAUCUCAAAAGAAAAGGCUGAUGAGGAACGCUUGUAUUCUAAAGAAGAUGUCGUCCGUGCCUACAUCAAAAGAUGCAAAGCUGGGGCUGUCGUGAUCUGUGCGUGGGGUGACCAGGGUGCUGCAGCUCUCAGUAGUACAGAUGGUGUCCUGUGUACGAGUCCCGUAUUUCCCCCGGAAACACUGGUGGACACUCUCGGAGCCGGCGACACAUUUAAUGCUGCUACCAUCUUUGCUCUGUGUCAAGGUCGAAGUGUACAGGAGGCGAUAACUCUUGGAUGUAAAGUAGCGGGGACAAAGUGUGGAAUGAAAGGCAACAAAGGACUCAAAGAUAUAAUAUGGUAGUAGAGUAGGGUUAAAUUAUGUAUGAUAUACAUUGAUGCUGGUAAAACUAGUUCAGUCAGUGGAGAGAUACCGAUAUCUUUAAUAAGUAAUGAAUUAUUUACUUUGCUCUGUCACUUCAUUAUAAUUGAUUCAUAAUAAAUAUAGGAGUAGUCAGGACAUGCAUUGUCCAAA